AUGAAUGAGCGCGUAUGGACAAGACGUAAGAUCACAAAUAAACGGGAGUCUGGUGACAAUAAAGCUCAUGCUUUUAAGCGAUUAUUGGCAAUGCGGAACAACAAAUUCAGCAAGGGCAAAUUUUCCGAAGACUGCAAAGAUGAGCUACAGGUGCAGAUUAAAAAGGCCUGUAAAUACAAAUACCCUGAAGCUGAUGUGGAGAAGCUUAUUCAAACCAAAAGGAAAGCUGGUCUAAAGCAGAAUGCCGCUUACAGAAAAAUUCGUCUAAUUAUAGAGCGGGAUGUGGCAGCGGGUAAAGACGAUGUGGGAAAAGUGCAAGCGUUGGAAAAGGAAAUCCAAGAGAUCGAUGAGGAACACAGACUCCAUAUCGAAAAUUCUGGCCAGCAUCGGUACCCCGUAAUUAGUUCUUUGCGCGUGGUUCAUAAGCCUACCAUUUACCCGGACGAGUUAGGUGUGGCUCCCAGAGGCAAAAGUUCCUUUGGUAAGAGAUCCGCGAAUCCCAAUCAACUUAAGUUAGAGCAGUAUAUGCGACGAAAAUAUAAAAAAAGUGUUGUCGUCAGUCGCAGUCGACUUGAUGAAAAAUUGUAUGAUCAGGAGAAGGUUUCUUCAACUACGAUACACGAAAUUCCUAUCGAAAAAGAAAAUAAGGAGGGUGAGGCUGAGACAGAAAAAAAAGGGAGAGAGGAAGAUCUCCAUUUGCAAAAGUUAAACACUUUUAAAAUUGAAUUGGAUACGACAGGAUUAAGCACAGGUCUCGGUAAAUGGGCAGAAACACACACUGAGCCACACUUGAAAGCGCAGGACACGUCGGGUCGUGGCAGAUUGGCUGACAAGUACAAGUGGAAGGAGAAAAGGGUCCAGCCAAUAAACUAG